CGAUUUUAAUCUUCUAUCGUACGAUGCUUCAAGAAUCACAAUGAUUUUCGCGCGAAGUUCAUUAUUAUCUCUGAUCAAUUUCAUGAAUAAGAUAAAAAUGUUGUUUGGAUACGAAUCAAUUGUAGAAUACUAGAUAGCAGAAUUAAAUCGAUAUCGGUACAUAGGCAGGCAGCGCAAAAUGAGAAUUGCGGAUAGAUCGCUGAUUAACCCAGAUGCAUCACAAGUGAUGCAAGUUCAUUCGUGCAGUAGGGAUUCAAGUUGCUUACAGAAUUAUCCCCUAAUAGAUCAUUGUUACGAUGUGGUGAUCAUUGGGGCCGGUGGUGCAGGUCUAAGAGCGGCAUUUGGUUUAGGAAGUAAGGGAUACCGAGUAGCAGUUGUCACAAAAUUAUUCCCGACGAGAUCUCACACGGUAGCUGCACAGGGUGGAAUAAACGCGGCAAUCGAUUCUGCCAAAGAUGACAAUUGGCUUUAUCAUAUGUACGAUACCGUUAAAGGAUCCGACUGGCUGGGAGAUCAGGACGCGAUACAUUUUCUAACGAGGGAGGCACCGCGAGCAAUUUACGAACUUGAAAAUUAUGGCUGCCCUUUCAGUCGUACAGAAGAUGGACAGAUCUACCAACGAGCGUUCGGAGGUCAAUCGUUGAAGUUUGGAAAAGGCGGCCAGGCCCACAGGACUUGCGCUGUCGCCGAUAGGACGGGUCACGCUAUAUUGCACACUUUAUACGGUCAGAGCCUCCGUUACGAAGUGCAUUAUUACGUUGAGUAUAUGGCCCUUGAUCUUCUCAUGCUCGGACGAUGCUGCAAGGGCGUCCUAGCUUGGGAACUGGAAACUGGACUCCUGCAUCGUUUCAGGGCUCAUCACACGGUGAUAACUACAGGAGGAGCAGGAAGAUGUUAUCUAUCCUGCACAGCGGCACAUUCAUGCACCGGAGAUGGCAUGGCAAUGGCCUCUAGAGCGGGGCUGCCCCUCGAAGAUAUGGAGUUCAUUCAAUUCCAUCCAACCGGUAUAUACGGCAGCGGUGUUCUGAUAACGGAGGGCAGUCGGGGUGAAGGUGGGAAACUGCUAAACUCUGAGGGAGAAUUCUUCAUGGAACGAUAUGCGCCAAAUGCGAAGGACCUCGCGUCUCGCGACGUAGUAUCCAGAGCUAUAACCAUGGAAAUAUUCGAAGGAAGGGGCGUAGGUCCCAGAAAAGAUCACGUAUACCUGCAAUUGCAUCAUUUACCACCGGAAUUGUUACGAACCCGACUACCGGGAAUUGCUCAUUUGGCGUGGGUAUUUGCCGGAGUAGAUGUAGAAAAGGAACCGAUACCUAUCAUUCCCACGGUACACUACAACAUGGGAGGCAUACCCACAAACUGGAAAGCACAGGUUUUGACACGAGAGAAGGAAGAAGACAAAAUAAUCGAGGGAUUAUGGGCGGCAGGUGAGACUGCGUGUGCGUCCGUUCACGGGGCUAAUCGGUUAGGCGCCAACAGCCUCUUGGAGUUGGUUGUUUUCGGCAAGGCUAUUGCCGAUCAGAUUGACUGUAUGACCAGACCCGGCGAACGUCACGAUGAUCUACCAUCCGCGAUUGGCGAAGAAACCAUUUGUCGUUUUGACGCGACACGUUACGCAAAAGGUUGCAUUCCUAUCGCCGAGUUGCGUGAAGAGAUGCAACAAACUAUGCACAAAUAUUGUUCGGUGUUCAGAACAUGCCAUAUACUGCAACGAGGAUGUCGUGAGAUGAGUCGUCUCUUUACCUGCGACUUGCCGGAUUUAUGUGUUCAAGACCAGUCUCUGAUUUGGAACACGGAACUCUUGGAGGCCAUCGAAUUACAAAACAUGAUGCUAGUUUGCAUGCACAUCGUUUACGCGGCGGAAAACAGAAAAGAGUCUCGUGGAUCGCAUGCCCGGGAUGAUUUCAAGGAACGAAUCGACGAGUUCGAUUAUUCGAAACCGCUAGAAACCCAGAAGAAACGGCCGUACUGCGAGCACUGGCGCAAACACACACUAACAUGGGCACGGCCAGAGGGUACGAUCAGCAUUUCGUAUCGUCCCGUUAUCGACACGACCCUGGAUGAGCAAGAAGCCAAACACGUCCCCCCUUCGGUCCGAAUCUACUGAUACGAACAUUUAGAUCCUGGUAGAUCCUUCAUCUCCUUGCCAUUUUUAACUCGUUCGUUUUCCCGUUUCAUUAAGUUCCUUAAAUUAAAAAUCCGCCGACGUACAGCAACGUUCUUUGCACUGAAGUCGAUCGAUAAUCCAGUCACGAGCCGUCUUCGUUAUCUUGAAAUUGUGAAGACGACGAACGACAACGGUUUUAAAAGUUGUUUGUGAUUGACGCUCGUGCCCGGUAUUGGUUUUUGUCUAUCGCGUCCAAACACCCGGUGUUAGUACGAUUAAUUAAUUCCGACCGGAGACGCAGACCUGUCUGCCACCUCGUUUUGCAUAUUCCGUUAACAACCGGCGUCUUCCACAACGAAAAUUAUCUUUUCGUUUCGAGUAGUUUGUGAUCAAGUUUCCUUUCGAACAAGGUAAACCGAUUAAAAAUUAACACCAGUUUGCUUAUCCCUCGGUCGCCUGAUAUUGGCGUUUACAAAACCGAACCGAUGGUAUCCAAUCGCGGCAGCGAAUGAUCUUGCGUAAACGCGUGUAAAGGAAUUUUAAUGCUUAAUUGUAUCAAAUGUAGCAUGUAAUGAUCGCAAAUAUAAUAGACUAAACAAAAGCUUUAACGUAACGUUUUUAUACAAUGAAGAUUUUUUAAAGACGAUCAAGAAAUUAUUUACGCUGUAUCUUGUCAAAAAUGUCCAUUCUAUUACGAAAACGUGUAUAUGAAAAAAAUUAUGAAUAUUGAGACGUACGGACAAAUCGUUCAAAAUAAUUAUCGAAACUACUUAUAUUUAAACCCGAGUACUAUUCAGAUACGUGCGCAAGUAAACUUGUUUGAUAAAUUACUCCUACAGUUACCAAUACUUGGAACCUGAUUGUGUUAGUGCCUUCUAUAUGUACAGAUUCUCCAUUUCGCAUGCACACAUUCAAAGCACGCAACUUCAGUUAAUGGCGAAGCACACGUGGAAAACACAACACUUUCCACGUGUGCGUGCGAAGUGGGUCCGGAAUCCCUUGAGUUACCAUUCAUGUGUGCCAGCAAUAUCAAUACGAGCAUGCUAUAAGUAUUCGCGAGCCCCAGCAUGUGGCACAAAGUUUACACGCACUUAUACAUAUGCGUAGAGACGAGCCUACAAAGUGUUAACCAAUAGGGAACGGAACAUAUGUCACGUGACGCCAACGCCAACCCCACACAUGAUGAAUCUUUCUUAUUUUUUUCUUUCUCCCCAUAAGCUACAGGAAAUAAAGCUCUGGAGUAAAGCCCGAGAUACGAUGUACUAUGCCGAUCUGGAUAGAUACGUUGCAAUAUUCUGUAUAAGCAUUUUUACGGAACAAUUGGCUACAUACACCGUUCCAAGAUUCAGAAAAUAAACAGUUGUAAACUCCAAGAUUUUCUGAAGCAUUACACCGUUUAUGCUCGUACAACUAUUAUCAGAGACCUGAUACAGUGAAUAAAUUUAAAUUCUAUAGAGCCAGUGGCUAUAUAAAUGUAAAUGUUAUAGCUUGGCUCAACUUUCACUGGCAUGCUUAUCUCCUAUUAAUAAAACAUCCAGUAUGCUUACUAAUUAGCGAGAUUUUAAUGAUAAGAAUGAUCCAGUUUUAACACUCGUUACCUGGAACAUGGAUAAAAAGCACCAUGUGCACUUGAAGAAAACUGUAACGUAGUACUUCCCCUUUAGAAUCUGUGCGAUCGAACGACUGUAUGUACACAAUUUGAAAUACCGUUAGCACCCCAUUGUAUGUCCGUAUGUAACGCGGAAUGAGAACCGCUUGAUGUCUUUCGCGGUAUUGUUUAAUUUUCCCGCCGAGAAUUAGCUAUCAUUCCUUUCUUCGGUGUCGGUAUUUCGUUAGAUACAAGACUGAAUGUUACGACCACUACGUGUUGCCUAUAUUAAAAAUAGCGAGAGAUCGCGGGUAGGGAAUGAUAGGAUAGAAAUAAAAAUUUUGUAGGCACCUUAAAGGUGAGGUUAUCUCGUGACCGUGCGCUUGGUAACACUGGUAUUCAUCAGGGAGCUUCCACUAGUAGUCGGUACUCAACCGACUCGAGCACUUCACAUCGCCGUGCAAGAAGUGCGGGAGUGAAGUCGACAAAAAUUAGGGUUAGUCGGGAGUUACAGCGGAAUCGCACAUUCGACAGCGAGGUGCGUGAAUCGUCGUCCAAAAGGAAAUUUUUAGUUGAAACGUGUGACAUAACGGGAAGAUGAGCGGUCUAUUGAAGCUGUCGUCUCUGUUAGCGAGAAAUCCGCCCACAACCACACUGG